AUGAGAGAAAUCAUUCAUAUUCAAGCAGGCCAAUGUGGCAAUCAGAUUGGACAAAAGUUCUGGGAGACUAUCAGUGCUGAACAUGGCUUGGACCCCAACGGCAACUAUGUUGGGGAUAAUGAUUUGCAGUUGGAGCGUAUCAAUGUGUUUUACAAUGAAGGGUAUCAAGGCAAAUAUGUGCCAAGAUCCGUGUUGGUUGAUUUGGAGCCUGCAACCAUGGAUGCGAUUCGUAACAGCACUUAUGGUCGACUUUUCCGCCCAGACAACUUUAUUCAUUCUCAUUCGGGUGCCGGCAAUUCAUGGGCCAAAGGAUUCUAUACAGAAGGAGCUGAACUCGUGGAGACCGUGAUGGAUGUCGUUCGCAAAGAAGCUGAAAGUACCGAUUGCUUACAAGGUUUCCAGUUGGCUCAUUCGUUGGGUGGUGGCACUGGUUCCGGUCUGGGAUCCUUGUUAUUGUCCAAGAUUCGUGAAGAAUACCCUGAUCGUAUCCUUAGCACUUACUCGGUGGUGCCCUCUCCCAAGGUCUCCGAUACCGUGGUGGAGCCCUACAAUGCCGUACUCUCUGUACACCAGCUCGUGGAAAAUUGUGACGCCACCUUUUGCAUUGAUAACGAAGCUCUCUAUGAUAUUUGUUUCCGCACACUCAAGCUACCAAGCCCUGGUUACGCUGAUCUCAAUCAACUUGUAUCGGCUGUCAUGUCCGGUGUCUCGACUUCGCUACGUUUCCCUGGUCAACUCAACUCUGAUUUGCGUAAAUUGUGUGUCAAUAUGGUCCCCUUCCCACGUCUCCACUUUUUCAUGGUGGGCGUUGCACCAUUGACUGCUUUUGCAUCGCAACAAUAUCGCAAUCUCAGCGUAACGGAACUCACAGGGCAAAUGUUUGAUGCACGCAACAUGAUGGCUGCUGCUGAUCCACGUCAUGGCCGUUACUUGACAGUGGCCACCAUUUUCCGAGGGCGUUUGUCUACCAAGGAAGUGGAGAAUCAAAUGUUGUCAGUCCAACAAAAGAACUCGGCUUACUUUGUUGAAUGGAUUCCCAACAGCGUAAAGUCAUCUCUCUGUGACAUUCCUCCUGUGGGUCUUAAGAUGUCGGGUACUUUUAUUGGUAACAGCACGGCUAUCCAGGAACUCUUCCGCCGCGUCAAUGAACAAUUCACUGCCAUGUUUCGUCGCAAAGCUUUCUUGCAUUGGUACACAAGUGAAGGCAUGGAUGAAAUGGAAUUCACUGAAGCCGAGUCCAACAUGAAUGAUCUUGUCUCCGAAUACCAACAAUAUCAAGAAGCUACCAUUGACGAGGACUUUGAAGAGGAAUAUGAGGAAGAAGUGGAAGCACCCAUGGAAGAAUAA